AUGCUUACAGAUUAUCAGCGGUCCGAUGCCGCUUCCAUUCUGCCCACGGUGGAGAGAUUAUUUGCUGAAGGAGUGUUUAAGAAAUAUUUGAAUCCGAGCCAAUUGCUUCUUUUGAAGUCGCUACUGCACCUUCGUGAUUCUGAAUUGAAAGCGCGCAUAUGGGAUUCAUUCCUUACGGGGAAACUCGAGUUGUUUGUGAAGUUACAGACGAAGAAGACGGGACAGGGGUCGUCAGAUGGUGCUGCUGUUGUUGGUGGUAGUACUGGCCAAGAUAGCGAGACUGCAGCGGGGGGUAGCAGUGGUAAUGGUAAUGGUAAUGGCGAUGAUGACGAUGCGGAGAAUGAUUUGAUUGAUUUGGAACAGCUAAAGGCGCAGUUGGAGGGGUUGGAUUUCAUUGGGAAUUUGUCUUUGAAGGUGAGGUACGUUGUGUGGGAGCACGGGUUGGAGGAUCUGCAGCAACAGGGCCCGUUGGAUUAUCUGCUGCUUGAAGAGAAAGGUAGAGGAGAAUCUGGACCCGAUGAGAAGUUGGACAAUGACGUACAAAUGACAGAUGACGGGGCAGCUGACAAGCCAGCUGAUGGGCCAGCUAAUGGGCCAGCCGGUGAGCCAGCUGUUGCGCCAGUUACCACAACAAGCAGGGCUGCAGCGGCGCCUGUGGAUGAAGAGGAUGACAACUACGAUGAUGAUGAAGACGAUGACGACGACGACGAAGACAAUUAUGAUGAUGCUGAAGAGGACCCACAAAAUGUGACAAUGACUAACGACCAACCAAUAGGAGGAGACUCCUCCACAGACUCUACUGCCCAAACCAAACCGUCGGAGGAGGAGCAAAAGACCAACAGCGUAGACGAAGGCGAUUCAGCAACGUCUCCCACAUACGAAGUCCUGGACAACGGCAUCAUAAAAUUGCAUAUCACCAUAACAAAAGACACCCUCAACGAAUUACCAUCGGUUAACCCAUACGACAUUAUCGGAAACUUCCAUAAGAUAUACCAUCUCUUCGAUAACGACAAGGAGACUGUUAUGAGGCGGUUGAAACUUCAGGAAAACGAUCAGAUGUUGGAGAACUCGAGGAAAAGAUCCCACGAUCAAAUUGAGGGUGAGGAGGAAGAGGACGACUCAGGAAACCCUAGCAUAGCACAUCCAAAGUCGUCAUCGGACACUAAAUCCAAGCCAAAGGGGAAAAAUGACAUUCAAAUGGACUUGGGCGUAGUUAACCUUUCGCUAAGACAUCUCUUGAAGUCAGUACAGGAAAAUAAAAGCAAACUAGAUAUUUCGGAUUACGAACUUAAACACCUCAUAAUGGACGUUAGAAUGAACCGGUCCAAAUGGGCCUCGGACGAUAAAAUAGGACAAGAAGAGUUAUACGACGCAUGCGAAAAAGUCGUCCUAGAACUUAGAAACUAUACUGAACAUUCAACCGCUUUUUUAAACAAAGUUAGUAAAAGGGAAGCACCAAACUAUGACCAGAUCAUUAAAAAACCGAUGGAUCUCAACAGAGUCUUGAAGAAACUUAAAACUUUCCAGUAUAAAUCCAAACACGAAUUUGUGGACGAUAUCAUGCUUAUAUGGAGAAACUGUCUCACUUAUAAUUCGGAUCCGAAACACUUCCUUAGAGCUCAUGCUAUCGCAAUGCAAAAGAAGUCACAACAGCUUAUUCCUCUUAUACCAGAUAUAACCAUUCGUGAUAGAGCACAAGUAGAAAAGGAAUUAGAAGAAGCUGAUGCUGAUAGCAAUGUUAAGGAAGAAGAAGAGGAUGCAGGAUCCGGACGUAAAGGUAUUCAAAGACGUGGUGUGCAAAAAGUUAUAGACGACGAAGAGGACGAUUCACAAGAAGUGCAAAGUAGAGGUAAGAAGGCAAAACCAUCGGAUACUCCCAAUAAAAAACCAGCUUCAUCUGGUACUGAAGGAACCAAAACUGGAUCCACCUCUGAAACUGAAGCCAAAAAAUCUCCCACUAAACAAGCUGACUCUGGAAAUAAGGAAGAACAAGAAGAAGGUGCAGGAGGAGAAGGUGCCUCUUCUAAACCUUCAUCUGAACAAACAGAUUCUGAAAAUAACAAAGAGAGCGUGCAAACCGCUGCCCAAAAUACAUCGUCUGCAACAGAUAAUAACGCUGCAGAGGAGGAAGAGGAUGAGGAGGACGAAGAAGAUAAUACCACAGGUAUGAUGCUUUUGGAGAGUGAUGAUGAUAAGGACGAUCUGGAAUUGUCUACGUGGAAAACAUUGACAGCAAAAGCUCGUGCUGAAAUAUGUCUCAAAAGAUCGCAGUUGUUUACUGAACGUAAAAUUAAUGCAGAAACCGAUGCGUUGCUUAAAAAUCCUUCUAAAUUAAAACAUUUCGACCAAUUCUUCGAAGAGUAUAAGCAGCAGAAGGAGGCCGAGUUUGCUAGGCAGAAACUUCAAGAACAAUCAAUAAUGAAAAAUGGCUUUGGGGCAGUCAUGAACCAGUCGGAUAACGCUCUAGGAAAUGGGGCUUCAGAUUCUAAUUUUAAAUCGCAUAGCACCGAAAGUGCAAUUGCUAAGGAAUCAAAUGAAAUUACAGCAGAAGAAGUACCUCUUUUAACUGAAUAUAAUGUUACAAACUAUGUCCCGGAUUUGGCAUACGAAGGUGUUGGAAAAGAACAAUUGGAUGCUCUUGAGGAAAAUAUGGUCCAAAAAAUAGUGAAAGAGGGAACUACCAUGAAAAGUAAGUUGAUGAAUAAUAUUGAUAAGGGACUAGGUCCAAAAAUGAACCACAACAUUCAGUUGAUACAUGAAAUUAGACAUAUUUGCCAUAAGAUAUCUUUGAUCAGAGCUCUACAAAAUCCUAACAAACCCAAAACACCACCUCAACCUCAAAGGUUCAAGGAGUUCAUAAUAAACGAUGAUAUAGAUCUGGAUCCAAUAUCUCAACUUGCAUCUCACGACUACAAAAGUGAUGAAAAGUUAAUCAAUCGUGUUCUUCAUCGUAAUGUAUCCAAGAUAGCAAUGUCAAAUGGUUUUGAGAGCACAGAACCUACUGCCCUAAAUAUGCUCUCUGAGAUAACAGCAGACUACUUGUCAAAUCUCAUUAAAACGAUAAAACUGCACCAUGAGACACAUUCAACAAAUAAACGUAAACCAAUUGAUGCACUCAAUAUGACUUUGUUGGAGAAUGGUAUCAACAAACCGGACGAUUUGUUCACAUACAUGGAAAAUGAAUUUGGUAAAAAGACUAGGAAACUAGAAGAUCUCAAGGGAAAAUUAAGCUCUUUCCUAAAAGAUCUAUUGAGACCAGCUCUUCAAGAUAUUAAUGAGAGAAACUUCGACGAUGAAUCUCAAAGUUUCCUCACUGGUGAUUUCUCUUCAGAAGUUACUGGAGAAGAUUUCUUUGGCUUCAAGGAACUCGGUCUUGAAAAAGAAUUUGGUGAUCUAGCAGGUAAUGUUCCACUACAAUUGCUUACUUUCCAAUUUAGCGGUAAAGACGCAGAUAUCCAGGUCAAAACCAAAGUUAUUCAGCCAGAAGAAUUCGAGGAUGUUAUUUAUAAGAAAGUUACGAGGGAAACAGUUCAAUCUGGAACAUACUCCAAACUUAUCCAACCACUACUACAGAGUGCUGUUGAUCGUUGUACAGCUUACUUCGCCAAACUAGCCAGAAGUAAGAAUGCAAAUCAAGUUCCCAAAAAUUAUGACAGCUUAUCAUUUCCUUUGCUCGAAGAUGAGGAAUAUCCAAAGGUAAAAGGUUCCAACAGGCCAAGAUUACCUCCAACAGGAAAGAUAAGCACCAACUAUAAAAAGAAACAUGUGUCAGAAUUGUUUGUAUUGCCAGAAGAAGAAGAGAAAGAGGAACCCAAGGAAGAAAUGGAAGCAGACAAGGGAGUGGGGUCAAAUAAGAACGAUGUUUCUGGCAUUAAAGAAACUAAGGAUGGUGUUGAUGACAUUUUCAAAGCCCCAAUGCCUAUUGAUGAGAACGGAUUCAAUAUAGAAGAAACACCAAUGUCAUCUUUUAGUCUAAACCUACCUGGAAUGCCUGACAAUUAA